UUGUCGUACGCGUGUAAUUGUGGCCGUAGAUUUUCUCAUUUCAACGAGGACUUCUUUUUCCUGUUUAUACGUCAGAUGUUCCCAUCGCUUCGCGAAUGCAUCAUGAAAGCAACUGGCGACUCAACAGAUUAGCAGUCCACUGUUGCUUUUUAUGGGAGCCCUUUCAGAAAUAUCAAGAAUAACCCGUCAUUUUAGUAGUUUUCUGCCAAUACCCCGCGUGCGAGUCCGGUACUUCUCCGAGUCUGUCAAGUGAAGGAAAUGACAUGUUAACUGGAAAAACUUGGUCCUGCAAUUUCUGCGUGUUUUGAAGUGGACAGCAACGUCUACGGUGCUCUGAAGGAGACGGAGACAUGGAGUUCGGACAGGGGCCAUCUAAGUAGCAUCGAUCGUCUCAUAUUUCAGGCCCUAAAAUCAUCAACACCACGUUUCAUCAAGCCAACUAAAUGUAAAGAAUUCCUUUGGGUCAAGCAAUAAUGGAUAUUUUUCCUCGGCCAAGCGGCGAAAUCCAGAGGAGGAACCCCCAGAAUGACUUUGAGCUCAUUCAGAGGGUGGGAAGUGGCACAUAUGGAGACGUGUAUAAGGCACGAAACAUUCAGACGGGUGAGCUUGCUGCUGUGAAGAUCAUAAAGCUGGAACCGGGGGAUGACUUUUCCAUCAUACAGCAGGAAAUCUUCAUGGUGAAGGAAUGCAUGCACCAGAAUAUCGUGGCCUACUUUGGGAGCUACCUCUGUCGGGAGAAACUUUGGAUAUGUAUGGAGUACUGUGGUGGAGGAUCCCUACAGGAUAUCUAUCAUGUGACUGGACCUCUGUCGGAGCUUCAGAUCGCAUAUGUCUGCAGAGAGACCUUACAGGGUUUAGGUUACCUGCACACCAAGGGCAAGAUGCACCGUGAUAUUAAGGGUGCCAACAUACUUCUAACAGACAACGGAGAUGUGAAGUUAGCUGACUUCGGAGUCGCAGCCAAAAUAACAGCCACCAUUGCCAAAAGAAAGUCUUUCAUUGGAACACCUUAUUGGAUGGCUCCAGAAGUAGCAGCGGUUGAAAAGAACGGUGGCUACAACCAGCUGUGUGAUAUCUGGGCUGUUGGCAUCACGUCCAUUGAGUUGGCCGAGCUACAGCCUCCAAUGUUUGAGCUGCAUCCGAUGAGAGCCUUGUUUUUGAUGUCAAAAAGUAGCUUCCAGCCUCCCAAGCUAAAAGAUAAAAACAAAUGGUCUACUGCGUUCCAUAACUUUGUGAAAGUGUCUCUAACGAAGAACCCAAAGAAGCGUCCCACUGCAGAAAAACUUCUUACGCAUGUCUUUGUGGCCCAGACAGGCUUGACAAGAAGGCUUGCAGUCGAUCUCCUUGAUAAGAUGGACAACCCAGACAACCACCAGCAUUAUGGUGACAUCGAUGAUGAUGACCUCGAGCCGCUCUCCGCAGUCAGACACACCAUCCGCUCCACCAACAAACAGGCCAGGGCCGAAAGGACGCGUUCUGAGAUAAACUUUGACAAGCUCAAGUUUAAUCCGCCUCUCCCCAAGGAAACCGAGGCUCAUUCUGAUAUGGAUGUGAAUAAAGAUAAUGACUUCCCUUCCCCCUGGAGCCCCUUUGCUGAGGGAGGAAUAACAACCAGCGGGCACGUCACUCAUCUGGAAGAUGCCUUUGAAGAAGUUGAACUGUCUACUCUGAAGCCAGGUGUUCCACCCCCCCUGCCCCCAAAGCCUCGAUUAAACAGUUCGUCUGAGGAGAUUGGGCUAAAUGAAGACAGGUGCCUGACAGUUCGGCGGUUCCCCAAUACAGAGAAUGGAUCCAGCCAGGUCUCUCGUAGACAAAGCACACCCGAGCAGGGCAACAAGGUGGAGCAUUCAUCAACAGACUUCCUCUCCGCCAGCGUCAGCAGCCCCGGCCUUUUGUCUCACGCGUCUGAUCCUGAUAAUGAUUCAGAUGGCAGCUCGAGCGGAGGCAGUCCGAAAGUGCCGCCCAACCGGGAGCACCGGAAAAAGGAAUUCCCUAAACCAGCAAUCAACGGCCUGCCACCAACUCCUAAAGUACUGAUGGGAGCCUGUUUCUCCAAAGUGUUUGAUGGCUGUCCAUUGAAAAUCAACUGUGCCACAUCAUGGAUUCAUCCAGACACAAAAGAUCAGUACCUAAUCUUUGGGACAGAGGAUGGCAUCUAUACCCUGAAUCUUAAUGAGCUUCAUGAGGCCACAAUGGAGCAGCUUUUCCCCAGGAAGUGCACGUGGCUGUACGUCAUUAACAACAAUCUGAUGUCUUUGUCAGGGAGGUCUUUCCAGCUGUACUCCCACAAUCUCAUUGGGCUCUUCGAGCAGCUAAAGAAGCCCGGCCUGGCAGCUCAGUUCCAGACUCAUCGCUUUCCAGACAAAAUUCUGCCCAGGCGAUUUGCCUUGACAACCAAGAUCCCCGAUACUAAGGGCUGUCACAAAUGCUGCAUCGUAAGAAACCCGUACACAGGUCACAAGUACUUGUGUGGGGCUCUCCAGUCUGGAAUUGUCCUUUUACAGUGGUAUGAGCCCAUGCAGAGGUUCAUGCUUAUCAAGCACUUCGACUUCCCUCUUCCGAGCCCGCUGAAGGUGUUUGAGAUGCUGGUGGUCCCAGAGCAGGAGUAUCCCCUGGUGUGUGUGGCCAUCAGCCAGGGGACAGAGUCAGGUCAGGUGGUCCGCUUUGAGACCAUCAACCUAAACUCUUGCUCAUCUUGGUUUACAGAAAUGGGAACAACUAAUCAGCAAGUGGAUGCGAUCCACGUCACCCAGCUGGAGCGGGACACUGUGCUGGUGUGUCUGGACCAUAAUUUAAAGAUCGUUAAUCUACAAGGCAGGCUGAAGUCCAACAAGAAACUGGCUUCUGAGCUCAGCUUCGACUUCGGCAUCGAGUCUGUUGUGUGCCUUCAGGACAGCGUCCUGGCCUUCUGGAAGCAUGGCAUGCAGGGCAAGAGCUUCAAGUCUAACGAGGUGACUCAGGAGAUUUCUGAUCCAAGCAGAGUCUUCCACCUCCUUGGAUCAGACAGGGUGGUGGUUCUGGAGAGCCGACCAACCGACAACCCAAUGGCCCUGAGCAACCUCUACAUUUUAGCAGGUCAUGAGAACAGUUACUGAUCGUCAGCAAGAGACUGAAUGCCUCUUCCCCGUGGGUGGGAGGCCCUUGAUGUGGGAGGAACUUCCAGAUUUGGACCUACAGUAAGCUGCUUUUGUAUAGCCACAAGUCCGGUUUUGAACCGUUAUUGGGAGCUUUUGGUACCGAUCGCAGGAUCAACAGGUCAGUAAAAGAGGAGCCUCUUGGGCGUGGAUUCAUGAGUAGCCUUACACCAGCAAGACGCUGGCUGUAGCACCCCUCAACACAAAUAAUGAGGAGACCAGUUCAAGCUGGAGGCAGCAGACACCAUAGAAGCUCAAGGGAGCUUUAUUACAGUACCUAGUUUUUUUUCUCACUUUUCCAUACAGUGGACUGUUUCACCAACAAGUCAUCUAGAAGUAUUACUGAAAGAAAAAAGUGCCAUUAAAAUUCACAAGAAAUGUGAUUGUAAUAGGAAACAAUGGGAGAUUAACUGUUCUCUGUCUGUAACGUGUCUGUAUAAUCAUUGCUGGGGGGUCGGAGACUUUACAAAAUCAAUCGUCAAAACUAAUUGAUCCGUUUAAUCAGAAACCUACGAGACCCGUGGGUUAUUUAAGCAAUAUUUAUUAACCUCAUGUUCAGUCAGAGGGACUGUUGGGUUUCCAGACAGUGAUAGAGUGGUCUGCUGUGUGAGGAUUAACUACCUAGUGAACAGUUCCUCAGCAGCUUUUGGUUAUUUUAACUGCUUUGUAAUAUAGUUGCUACUCCUGCUCUGCUGCAGUUUUUAGAACGCAGAUUUAAUGUAAAUGUUUUUCUUUACAACCCCUCUUUUAUAGACGUUUUACUCUCAUUAUUUGCACCAUUUAAGCACUUUUGUACAUUUUUUUUUAUUUAAAAUGAAAUGACAAAAUGAGGGACGAUGCUAGGUUUCAUUAACAUCUCUGCAUUCCCUUUGCAAAAUGUUUAAUGUAUACUUUGGAUUUCCCACCCCUUUUUUUGUAAUAAAAAAAAGCUGUUAACAUGA